AUGCCUCUCCCACCCCCAGAAACCCCAGCGGUCGCUGCCUCGAUUUGCAUCGAUGACAAAACAUAUCCAGUUAUCGAAAUUAGAAGUACCGGAGACGUAAUACUCGACGUAUCCUUCGAAAACUCAAAUGCCUGCACCAAGUCUAUUCCGGCGAAAAUAUCCAAGUCUCCAAUACCUUCUCGAAUAUUUUACCGUGUACGGCUUGAGACACUGAAGAAGAGCUCAAAGUACUUCCAGCAUCUACUCGGAUCCACAUUUGCAGAAGGGGUGGCUAUUGCAGACACAUUUGCACAACUCGCCAAAUCGAAUCUGAACCCAUCGGAAGUGGAAACGGAGAAACUUCCUCGUAUAAAGAUUAUAGAGGAAGAUGUCGCCACCAAAACUAUCGGAAGGGAGACUAUCUUCUGCGAUAUGCUCCGCAUAAUUCAUGGUGCUGAGCACAUCACAAAGCCUUUUACGUUGAACUGCCUUGCGGUCCUCGUUGUAAUGGCCGACAGAUACAAUACUUUGCCAUCUAUUGCUCGCUAUGUGCAGAAGACGUUUAUGAACUUCAAAUAUCCAGUAACAUUGGACAAAAAGGCCGAAGAGACUCUUCGCCAGAAGAUUCUCAUUUUCUACCAUACAGAUCAGGCCUUGCGGUUUGCUUCAGCCUCAAAGGAACUCAUUCUAAGGGGCUCGUCGAGAUGGGUCGGUGCCGAUGAAACGACAACCGACUUCCAAACCGCAUGGUGGGACCUGCCUGAUGGACUGGAAUCUGAACUCGCUCACCGACGAGCGUGUGUUCUUCGAACCAUAGCCUCGGUUCAAACUCAAUGUUUAGGUCUAUACGCCUCAAAAGACAGACAAUGUCAGCUGGGGUAUGACAGCAGCGCAGCUUGUGACUCCUUCCAGCUCGGCGAAAUGAUCAAAUUUCUUACAAAGAAAGACCUCCUUUCUCUCGUCCCAUUCCAAGCUGUCUCUCCUGAAGACCAUGAAUAUAUUUGGCCGGACGCCUAUUCCGGAGACAUAGAGAACCUCAUAGGUCUCCUGCGUCAAUGCCCCAGCUACCAGAUCAACCAAUACCAUUCUUACUGCGGUCUCCGAACAAAACUCCUCCCAGCUCUCGACUACAUUAAAAGCUGUAUCGAGACUGGAGUUGGUAUUAAAUUCGGCCGUUCCAAAAGCGAUUGGGUUAACGAAUCGUGGAGCACAAGCAGUUCCACGGCUUCCAAGAAUUCGUUCUGGGUUGGUGGUGGUAAUGGUGAUGAGGUGGACGUGGCAGGUGGGAAGCCGAACACCUUUGAUUUCUCAUCGGUGAAAUCUAGAGCUGCUUGGGGAAGCAACGAUCUUGGGGCUGAUAAAUCUGCAAAAGCACUAUUUACGGCCGAAAAUUGGAGUUGGAUAAGGGAACAGGAAAGUGAGAAUAAAAUGCUCAAAUCCACUCCCCGGAUGGGGUAUUAG